AUGACGGAAAGUCCCUGGUCUCUGUGGAUCUGGACAAGUGACAUUAAAAAUGCAGGGACAGACGCCACCAUCUUUUUCCAGAUUUAUGGAGACAAGGGGAAGUCAGACGAGAUGAAACUGGACAACAAUUCAGACAAUUUUGAAACUGGACAGACUGACAAAUUCAUGAUUGAGCUCCCUGAUCUGGGCACAUUUUAUAAGCUUCGGAUAUGGCACGAGAAAAGAAAUCCUUUUGCUGGCUGGCAUCUGAAUAAGGUAACUCUGCUGAAAACGCUGACAAAAGAAAAAUACUCAUUCAACUGCGGCCGCUGGCUAGAUAUAAAUGAAGACGACAAUGAGAUCGUGCGGGAGCUCCCUGCAGAGGGGACUCUGGUGACUGAAGUCAUGCCAGUGAUAAAAUACCGAGUGACAGUUUGCACAGGGAUGGUAAGCGGCAGCGGCACAGAUGCCAAUGUCUUCGUCUGCCUCAUCGGUGAGCAGGGAGACACGGGAGAACGGGUUCUCUACAAAUGCAUCAACAAUGUCAAUAAAUUCGAAAAAGGCAAUGCUGAUGAAUUCUUCGUUGAAGCAGUAACGCUGAAGCAGGUGAGGAGGGUGAGGAUAGGGCAUGAUGGCAAAGGAGGAAGCAGUGGCUGGUACCUUGCCAAAGUGAUAGUGAGGGAAGAAGGACAGCCAGAAAGCGAGGCUGUGGAAUUCCCCUGCUACAGGUACUGGAAACAAUGCUUGUGCUUGCAAAUCAUGCCUCCAGCUAUGCAUUUGCCAACCUUUAAAGAGCCUAGCUAUUGUUCCAAGACUGGAAUUUUCUGAGCACAGCUUAAUCCUUUUUAUUUAUGCAUUCAUUUAUUUUUGCUAAGCCUGAAAGCAAAG